GAACACUCAAAAUGGCGACACGGUAGAAAAGUUCAUGCUGUUUUGUCUGUUUUGUAUUCCCCUUAUCUUUUCCAUGUAGUUGUUUUAAUAAUAAUACCAAGUCACUGCUAUCUGACAUAAGGAAAUAAGUGUUGUUGUUUUUUUUUUUGACAACGCGAGAAUUUAAUGUUAUCGAAGUUACAAACUGUUAUCAUUCCACACAUUUUAUGCUCACAGAAGGCCCACUAGCUAUGCUAUUUUGUUUUUAUUUUUUACUUUGGGUGGAGAUGUCAAAGAUUAUCAGUGUGUCUCUAAGAGAAAUAAGAAAUCUGUUGAAGUGAGCAUGGAGAGGAUCAACACAUAGAAAUGGAAGAGGAUGUGAAGAAAGUGAAAAAGCCGGGUAUCGUGUCUCCCUUCAAGCGUGUGUUUCUGAAGGGAGAAAAGGGUAGAGAUAAAAAGGCUCAGGAGAAGACUACAGAACGCCGUGCCCUCCACACCUUCUCCCUCUCCCUCCCCGACCACCGCAUCGACCCUGACAUCCUGCUCAAUGACUACGUAGAGAAGGAAGUCAAGUACUUGGGCCAGCUGACGUCAGUACCAGGAUACCUGAACCCCUCCAGCCGAACAGAGGUGCUACAGCUCAUUGACAAUGCCAGGAAGUCCCACCAGUUGGCGGGUCAGCUUACUUCGGAGCAGGAUGCAGUGGUCAGUCUGUCGGCCUAUAAUGUGAAGCUGGUGUGGCGGGAUGGAGAGGAUAUCAUACUGCGUGUUCCCAUCCACGACAUCGCUGCCGUGGCAUACAUACGAGACGACUCACUGCACCUGGUGGUGCUCAAGACAGCCCAGGAGGCAGGUGUGUCCCCGUGCCCCAGUACCUGUCCUGACCUGUCUAAGUCCCAGACCCUCAGCUCUCUGUCUGAGAGCGGGGCGGUACUGGUAGAGGUCUGCUGUCUGCUAGUACUGGCUGUCGACAACAAGACAGCAGCAGAGGAGCUGUGUCUCCUACUCAGCCAGGUGUUUCAGAUAGUCUAUACGGAGUCCACUAUAGACUUCCUGGACAGAGCCAUCUUUGACGGAGCCACCACCCCCACCAGACACCUCUCUCUCUACAGUGACGACUCUUCAAGCAAGGUGGACCUUAAGGAAUCAUUCGAAGCAGAGGCCAGCACCUUUUCUUUCCAGGGUUCUCUAGAGGCAGGGGGCGACUCUCCGUCCCCCACCUCUACCCCAGCCUCCCCUCAGACCAAGACAGCCAGCGAAGGAGAGCUGAGCACCACCGCCACAGAGCUGCUACAAGACUACAUGACCACGUUGCGUACCAAGUUGUCCUCUCAGGAGAUCCAGCAGUUUGCUACUCUUCUUCAUGAGUACCGUGACGGAGCGUCCGUCCAUGAGUUCUGUAUCAACCUUCGCCAGCUCUACGGGGACAGCAGGAAGUUCCUCCUACUGGGUCUGAGGCCGUUCAUCCCAGAGAAGGACAGCCAACACUUUGAGAACUUCCUGGAGACCAUCGGUGUCAAGGACGGUCGUGGCAUCAUCACUGACAGCUUCGGACGCUACCGACGCACCGCCAGCUCCGCCUCCGACUCAACCACCAAUGGGAACGGGGCGGUGGGAGGGGACGGGGGUGGGUCUGACGAAGGGCUUGUGCCCUCCGAAGGAGACGAAUGGGACCGCAUGAUCUCUGAUAUCAGUAAUGAUAUAGAGGCUCUGGGCGUCAGUAUGGACCAAGAGGGGUCACACCCUAGCCUCUAACCCCUACCAUCGAGACUGUGCUGCAGUAUGUACCAAGAGGGGUCACACCCUAGACCCUACUCCCUACCAUCGAGACUGUGCUACAGUAUGUACCAAGAGGGGUCACACCCUAGACCCUACUCCCUACCAUCGAGACUGUGCUGCAGUAUGUACCAAGAGGGGUCACACCCUAGACCCUACUCCCUACCAUCGAGACUGUGCUGCAGUAUGGACCAAGAGGGGUCACACCCUAGACCCUACUCCCUACCAUCGAGACUGUGCUGCAGUAUGUACCAAGAGGGGUCACACCCUAGACCCUACUCCCUACCAUCGAGACUGUGCUGCAGUAUCUACCAAGAGGGGUCACACCCUAGACCCUACUCCCUACCAUCGAGACUGUGCUGCAGUAUGGACCAAGAGGGGUCACACCCUAGACCCUACUCCCUACCAUCGAGACUGUGCUGCAGUAUGUACCAAGAGGGGUCACACCCUAGACCCUACUCCCUACCAUCGAGACUGUGCUGCAGUAUGGACCAAGAGGGGUCACACCCUAGACCCUACUCCCUACCAUCGAGACUGUGCUGCAGUAUGUACCAAGAGGGGUCACACCCUAGACCCUACUCCCUACCAUCGAGACUGUGUUGCAGUAUGUACCAAGAGGGGUCACACCUUAGCCUCUAACCCCUUGCCUCGAGUCUGGGUUGCAGUAUGGACCAAGAGGGGAUGACGCCCUACCCCCCUAGACCCUACUCCCUACCAUCGAAACUGUGCUGCAGUAUGUACCAAGAGGGGUCACACCCUAGACCCUAAACCCUUCUCCCUAUGCCCUAGCUCAUACCCCCUAGUCCCUACUCGUCCUAAACCAAGAGAGAGGACGAUCCAGCCAGCCCAGAUCCAACCCCCUGAUGAUGACAUGCUGUGCAUUGUGGCCAAUCAGCUUUCAGUGUGAGCCAGCGUGGGGCCCAUCCGCUCGGCCUUUUAAAGAAAACUUUAUUGA